AUUUGGAAAACACAUGGUAUAAAUGUGGCAUAUCAGAGUCACAAGAGAUUAAGAAAGGGACAGAGGGCGUGUGCAGUCAUACACAUAUUUGCAUGUGUGUGUAGGUUGUGUGGUGAGCUUUGUGGACUAGAUCUGCCAGAUACUGAGCCGGUUUGUCUAUUAUGGUCCUUUUCAGAGGAAACUUCAGAAUGUAUUUUGUCUGUGUAGUUCGAGAGGCUGGGGCCCCAAAAGGCCCAGGACUAAGAGCGGUCUGAUGCUUAGACUUCAAAGCAGCUCUUUGGUAAUCCUGAAUGUGAGCAUGCUCUAAAUGUAAAAAAAAAAUGCUUUCAUUAAAAUUGGAUUUCUCUCAUUUACCCCCACACAGCUCCCUCUGCAGUUCCUACUGUCCACCUGACGGGGGCCUCGGCCAACACCAUGACUCUUUCCUGGCUCCCCCCUGAAAAACCAAACGGCAUCAUCUUGGAUUACGAGAUUAAAUACCAUGAGAAGGACCAGGGCGAAGCUAUUGCCCACACCAUGACAGCCCAGCACAGCUAUGCUCGCAUUGACGGUUUGAAGCCGGGUACGCCAUAUGUGGUGCAGGUCCGAGCCCGAACGGUGGCAGGGUAUGGCCGCUACAGUAGCCCAACAGACUUUGGCACCAACCAUCAAGCUGAUGCAGACAAGGCACUACAGGAGCAGUUACCCCUCAUUGUGGGCUCUCUGACCGCAGGACUGGUCUUCAUCAUUGUUGUUGUGGUUAUUGCCAUUGUCUGCCUGAGGAAGCAACGUAAUGGCUCAGAAUCUGAAUACACAGAAAAGCUGCAACAAUACAAAUCCCCUAUAGUCACUCCGGGGAUGAAGGUCUACAUUGACCCAUUCACCUACGAGGACCCGAAUGAGGCCAUCCGCGAGUUUGCCAAAGAGAUUGACGUGUCCUGUGUGAAAAUCGAGGAGGUCAUUGGCGCAGGUAACCAACACCAAAAGCUCCUGAGCAACAGGGGGAAGACAGCUAGGCACACCCAGGCCAUACCUUUAGAGGACUUCACCUCAAGCGGAGAGUUUGGAGAGGUGUGCCGUGGCCGAUUGAAGCUCCCUGGACGGCGUGAGAUCAUUGUGGCCAUCAAGACACUAAAAGCAGGCUAUACAGAACGUCAAAGAAGAGACUUCCUGAGUGAGGCCAGCAUCAUGGGCCAGUUCGAUCACCCUAAUAUUAUCCGCCUGGAAGGGGUGGUGACGAAAAGUCGCCCAGUCAUGAUCGUCACUGAGUUCAUGGAGAACGGAGCACUGGAUUCCUUUCUCCGGCUAAAUGAUGGACAGUUCACAGUCAUCCAGCUUGUUGGUAUGUUGAGAGGAAUUGCUGCUGGCAUGAAGUAUCUCUCUGACAUGAACUAUGUGCACCGAGAUCUGGCGGCUCGUAACAUUUUGGUCAACAGCAACCUGGUGUGUAAGGUGUCAGACUUUGGCCUUUCUCGUUUCUUGGAGGAUGACCCCACUGACCCCACCUACACCAGCUCAUUGGGAGGGAAGAUACCAAUUCGUUGGACAGCCCCAGAGGCUAUUGCUUAUAGGAAGUUCACCUCAGCCAGUGACGUCUGGAGCUAUGGCAUUGUGAUGUGGGAAGUGAUGUCAUAUGGCGAGCGGCCAUACUGGGACAUGAGCAAUCAAGAUGUGAUCAACGCAGUUGAACAGGACUACCGACUGCCCCCACCCAUGGACUGCCCUACUGCCUUGCAUCAACUCAUGCUAGACUGCUGGGUGAAAGAAAGAAACUUGAGACCUAAGUUUUCUCAGAUAGUCAACACCCUGGACAAGCUAAUUCGCAAUGCCGCCAGCCUUAAGGUGGUCACCAGCACACAUUCUGGGGCCUCCCAGCCGCUCCUCGACCGCUGUGUGCCUGACUACACCACCUUUACCACUGUGGGUGACUGGCUGGAUGCCAUCAAGAUGAGCCGCUACAGAGACAACUUCCUCAAUGCUGGCUUUGCCUCUUUUGAUUUGGUGGCCCAGAUGACUGCAGAAGAUCUGUUACGGAUAGGCGUGACAUUAGCCGGCCACCAAAAGAAGAUUCUGGGCAGCAUUCAAGACAUGAGACUGCAAAUGAACCAAACGCUGCCCGUCCAGGUCUGAGAAGAGACUCUUUCCUACAGAUACCUAAAAGACGACCCUCCUCCCCUCACCCACCCAGAUCAUCUCCACUAAUCGGAUGAAACUGGCUUGCAGUGCCUCGGACAACUCUUUCUUUCCCAUUUUGUUCCCCGCAUUAUUUUACACCCGCCAGGAUUAGAUAAGAUAAUUUUGUACUUAUUUUGUAUGGACGGAUAGCCCGUAUCCCAUGCAUUCAUUCGGGAUGAGGUGUUUUUUUUGGCGACUGCAUGCGCGCGUGUGAUGUUUUCUUUCUUUUUGCUUUGGGGAGGCUAGCCGGGAUUGGCCCAAAUCUCCAAAUAAUGCAUUUCUCCCUGAAAACUGACUCUGAGGGAUGGACUCUCCUGGACGGACGUGGUGUAUGGAUGAGAUACUCCUUUAAUAGAUACACAUAACUUGAAUAUAAAGACAAAAAAAUGGACUAAAAGUGAAUAUAAAUUCGCUAAGCGCGUGGACAGGCUCGCGCAAAAAAUCCCUCCGAUGCUAGCAGAUGUUUUAUUGUGCGUGUGAUUUACUUUUUGUGCUUAUUCCUCAUCUUCAUAUUGAAGGUGUUUUAUUUAAGGGCACAAGCCUCAAACGGAUUGGUUGAGGGCGGAAAAUCACGGAUUUAUCGGAUUUUGAGGAAGUUGCUUUUUUUUUUUUGGUCCACCAGGUUUAAACUAACAAAAAGGACUUCUUUAGAAUAUACCUGGUGAACUCAGGAUGCUUUCGUAGUUUCACAUAAUGGAUUUCUCAGCUCUGUUUUUCACUACUUCAACUGAUCUUUGUUUUCUUUGUAUUCUCGUCUGUUGUUUUACUUUAUCCUGUUUAGUUUCUGUUCCGCAGCAAGUUGACAUUUAGCUCAUUGUUAACCAUAAUAUCAGGAUGAUUUAGCAGUUAGAAAUGGAGGAGGACUGUGGUAACUUGCACUACACUGGGAGAAAUCGGUUUUAAAUCUAUAUCACUGCAAACUUUCUUACUUUGAGUUUUUAUAUUGUUUCUAGGUGAAAUAUAAUCAAGAAAUUUAAAUCAAGAAGCAUUUUCUAGACAGACACAAACAUUUGCUUGUUUUAAGAAAUAACGUAAAAAUUAAGUAAGUUUAACCAUA